CAGCCGGUCGACACUCGGCACUCGGCUCCGUGGUCAGUAAUUGGAAGUUUCAGUUAUGGUACGGAACCGAGCGUCCUAUCUUACCAUUUCUAUGUAUUUCCAAAAUAUUUCAGUGCCUUUACCUGCAAUGCGCACGAAGGACCAAAACCCAGAAAAGUUUCCUCUUCAGAUUCUCACUAUUAUUGGUUUUUCUCUGUUCUUCACGACCAGAAUCCAGUUCAGUUUCUUUAUUCGUGAGCCUGAAAAUCAUCGGAAUAGCUAUUGCUAUCUUUAAUUUUUGUUGUUCCCGAGGUGGGUUUAUUAGGCAGUCACUGUGUUUUCAAGCUUUCAGCUUCUUCCUAACGGCAUUCUUGCAGAGUAGAGUUGGUGGUGGUGUAAGGUCGAGUUCUGUGUUUUUCAAGAUGGGUUUUGGAUAGUUCUCAAGUUGUUGAUGCUUUCUUCAGCUCUCACCGUCUGGCAUUGAGUUUCUGUCAAAAUAAGGCGGAGAAAUAGUCUAUUUUAAUCUAUGUAAGUUGCGGUUGAUUUUGAGCUUCAUCAAAGCCUGAAGGGGUUUUGGUGGAGAUUUAUGGUUUAGUAGAGCAGAAAGUCUACACGAUGAAGAAGUGUAAGAGAAGGAAGGAAGAUAUUGCAGAGGAUUUCUGCUUCAUCUGCAAGGAUGGGGGAUUCCUUAUUAUCUGUGAUCAUAAGCACUGUCUCAAGGCUUAUCAUCCUCAUUGUGUGGGCAAAGAUUCAGCAUUUGUGGAGACUGGAGAAAGAUGGACUUGUAGUUGGCAUUCUUGCUUCAUUUGCAACAAAAGCCCGAAGUUUCAUUGCUUGUGCUGUACAAAUGCUGUUUGCCAGCGGUGCAUAAAAGAAUCUGAGUUUGUGCAAAUUAGAGGGAAGAAAGGCUUCUGCAAUCACUGCUUAAAGCUUACACUACUCAUUGAAGAAAAUGUGGAUGUUGACUCUGAUGGGGGCAAGGUUGAUUUCAAAGACACGGGAACGUACGAGUUUCUAUUUAUGGAAUAUUGGCAGAUAGUAAAGGAAAAAGAAGGUUUAACAUUGGAAAACCUCCAUUUUGCAGACUCACGGUUAAAGAAAGGUGAGAAAUACAGGAGUGGAUCAGAUUCUGAUGAAUUGACUAAGUGUGAAGAAGCAGAUCAACUAUUAAUCUCUGAUCUGGUUGAAAGAAUGGAGGAAGUUGAUAAUUCCAGGGGACAGUUGUUCUUUUCAAUGAAGAAGAUGAAAAAGUUCAGAUCAAAGAAAAAAGAGUUCAUUGGAUGGGGAUCAAAAGAUCUAAUAGAAUUUCUUGCAUCCAUUGGGAAGGAUACAAGCAAAAAACUCUCCCAGUUUGAAGUGAGUGAUAUAAUAAGAGACUAUAUCCGAGAUAAAAAUCUUGGUCAUCCAGAAAAAAAGAAGAAGGUCCUUUGUGAUUCUGCACUUAAGUCUAUUUUUAGGAAAAAGAGUGUGAGCCGAAAUAAAAUCUAUGAGCUACUAGAAGGGCAUCUUUCCGAGAACAAGGAAGAAUCAGAGGAGGAUGAGUUCAGAUACAGUUUGGAUGACGAGGAGGAAGAUGUCUCAAGGUCAUGUCAAAGGAGGAGAAAAUUGAUCUCAGAUGGAAAAUCUUGCCGAACGGGAAAGGUUGUAGAAAACCCAAAGAGCUGUUUUGCCUCCAUAGUUUCUAAAAACAUUAAACUGGUUUACUUGAAAAGGAGUUUAAUUAUGGAACUAUUGAGCACCCCUGAGACUUUUGCAGAUAAAGUGACAGGAAGCUUUGUGAGGGUCAAAACUGAUCCACAUAACUAUUUACAGAGAAAUUCUCACCAGCUGCAUCAAGUUGUAGGUGUAAAAAAGCCAUUGGGAACAGGUGAUCCCAAUGAAGAUGUUCUGCUGCAAGUUACUGAUGUGAGGAAAGAGAUUAAUAUUUCCUUGCUGUCUGAUGAUGACUUCCCUGAGGAAGAAUGUGAGGAUUUGCGUCAGAGAGUGAAAAAUGGCUUCAUCAAAAAGCCUACUGUUGUGGAGCUUGAUCAGAAGGCUAGAAGUCUCCAUGAGGAUAUAACAAAUCAUUCAAUCGAAAGAGAGCUUUGCCGAUUAAAACACCUCAUUGAUCGUGCAAAUGAGAAAGGCUGGCGCAGAGAACUAUUUGAAUACUUGGAGAGAAGAAAACUUCUUCAGACCCCAUCUGAAAGGUUGCGGCUGUUGCAAGAGACUCCUACCAUAAUUGCAGAAGAAAUAGAGCCUGAACCCACUCCCCAGGACACUCCUGUUGAUGAAAAACAAGGAGAAAAUGGUCAUCUGAAUUCAGUAAGGCUCGGAAUCAUAUCCAGCUUGACUGUGGGAAGAACAGAUGCAUCAGGUGGUGGUGCUGUGUUUCAGAAGUCAGAAGAGAGAAAAACUGAAGGAGAAUUGUCAAACGUGAAUGUGGAUGCCGUUGGAGUCUUUUCAGCAGUCCAAAAGCAAAUGAAUCUCGUGAAGUCCGGGACAUCUUGAACAAAAGGAUAAAAAGAACUGCAUUUUGUUUUCUCUAAGACCCCUUCUAAAGCCAAAGUCCUAAUCCAAACUAAGCAAAUAAGGAAGCCAAAAUUUAGAGAUAGGUUCUAGCCUAUAAUUUUACAAGUAAUACAACAAAGGGAAUCGUUCUCUAAGGGUGGCAUUACCCCACAAGAGAUCUUCCCAAAACAGAAAAAAAUGGGGCCUGAAUUGUUCUUUAAGGUGCUAAGGUGAGGCUAAGUGAUGGGGCACUUUGUCACUUAGUCGCCUAGGCAAUGGAGUUUUAUUUUAGUAAGAAUCAUAUAUCCUAGAGUAGUUCCCUAUAUUCCAUAGCAACUAGUAACCAUAUUUCCUUAAUGAUUAUCAUUAUUUUCAUAAGAAAAGUAUAAACAUCAUGUUAAAGUAUAUUUUAAAAUUAUACAACAUAGGGACUCAACCCCUAUUUUAAGUUCUUCCCUAUCAACUCAGGUUUUGAAGUCUUUGAGAGUUCAAUACAGUAUUUAGCAAUGUGUGUGUUGAUUAAACCCUAACAAAUAAGAUUUUAGUUAAAAAAAUAAUGUCUAUUUUAAAAUUACAAUCUCAAAGAAUUAAGAAUAUAAAAUUAUUUCAUGGCACCUUGUACAAGUCUGCUUGGCAAUUGGGCAGGGCGACCCUCCACGGGUACCUUGUCAUCUAGGCAUCGCCUAGGCAGGCGCCUAGUUGUCUCCUUACAACCAUGGCACCAUGAAUAGUCAAGAUAACCUUAUGCCAAAGUCUAUCCCUUUCCAAAGGUAACCUCCAGAGCCACUUUCGAAGAAAAGUUGUAUUCCUAAGAAGUAGAUUACCUAAUCCCUAACCACCUUGCUCUACACACCAUUUCCCAUUUGACCAAAUGGUCUUUCCUUUUAUAUAAGGAUUAAGAAUCUAAGACCCUAACAUGGACUUGUUUGGUCUUGCCUCUAGGGGCUUGGCUGGGGGUCCAAGGGGAGAGCCCCCUGAAGGGAUGGGAGAUCCAUCAUAUGGAUGGUCGAACCCUGUAGGAAGGUUGGGCAAAAUUUCAAAAAUUU